AUGAGUCUACUGUUGUACAUCGUAGUGUGUUUGGUAUCAUUGCCUAAGGCGUUGACCAUUACCGUAUGUGACCAAGUCUGUGUACAUGCGUCUUCUUGCGAUGCAAACACUGACGGCUGUGCUUGUAACGCCGGGUGGUCUGGAACACAGUGCGAUGGGUGUACUAAUAAUGACGUGUGUGGUCACGGUUCGUGUGUAGGCGGCAGUUGUGUCUGUGAUUUGCAAUGGAUAGGAGAAACGUGUGAUAAAUGUGGUUCUGGUACAUGUGUACAUGGAGAAUGUACCGCUGAUAGUGGUUACACAGAGUGUGCCUGUGACGAAGGAUGGGAACUUGAUAGAUGCAAUUGGUGUAUGGUGGACGAUGACAAUGUAUGUAACCAUGGAACCUGUAACCGAGAAACCGGACUGUGUGAUUGUGAUGAAGGAUUCAGUGGUUACGAUUGCGCUACGUGUGGGGAUGGUACAUGUGUGCAUGGGGAGUGUACAGAAGAGAGUGGUUACACUGAGUGUCUUUGUGAUAGGGGUUGGAAUGGAACACUCUGUGAUGUCUGUGUGUCCGAUGACGCCUGUAUCUAUGGUAACUGUGACACAGACACUGGCACGUGUGAGUGUGAUGCAGGAUGGAGUGGAUAUGAUUGUGGAACAUGUGGACCUGGUACGUGCAUACAUGGUACAUGUUCUGGCUCUUCUUGCAUAUGUUCGGGACCGUGGACAGGAUUACGAUGUGAUACAUGUGGCAGUACGUUGUGUUAUAUCGGAGAAUGUUAUACCAACGACUAUGGGUCUGAUAUGACUUGUGUAUGCUAUAAUGGCUGGACCGGUGGACACUGUGAUCAGGAUAACAGUAAAGCUGAACUGGUCGAGACAAGCAUGUUGAUGCUAGUUAUGACUGGCUUAGUCAUAUUUGCUGGAUGA